CCAAAACAUAAUACAGUGAAAUAAUGGUCUGCUAGCCUGCUAAACAAGUGUCCAGCUUCCACAAUGCCUGUGCAGGCAGCUCAGUGGACAGAAUUUCUGUCCUGCCCAAUCUGCUACAACGAGUUUGAUGAGAAUGUGCAUAAACCCAUCAGCUUAGGUUGCUCUCACACUGUCUGUAAGACCUGCCUGAACAAGCUCCAUCGCAAGGCAUGUCCUUUCGACCAGACUGCCAUCAAUACAGACAUCGAUGUGCUUCCUGUAAACUUUGCACUCCUCCAGUUAGUUGGAGCCCAGGUACCUGAUCAUCAGACAGUAAAGUUGAGUAAUGUAGGAGAGAACAAACAUUACGAAGUAGCAAAGAAGUGUGUUGAGGAUUUGGCACUCUACUUAAAGCCACUAAGUGGAGGAAAGGGUGUUGCUAGCUUGAAUCAGAGUGCACUGAGCCGUCCAAUGCAAAGGAAGCUUGUGACACUGGUGAAUUGUCAGCUGGUGGAGGAAGAGGGUCGGGUUAGAGCCAUGAGGGCAGCUCGGUCCCUGGGAGAAAGAACUGUUACAGAACUGAUUUUACAGCACCAAAAUCCUCAGCAGCUUUCUGCCAAUCUUUGGGCUGCUGUCAGGGCACGAGGAUGCCAGUUUCUAGGACCAGCUAUGCAAGAGGAGGCACUAAAACUUGUGUUACUGGCACUGGAAGAUGGCUCUGCACUCUCGAGAAAAGUUCUGGUACUUUUUGUUGUGCAAAGGCUAGAACCAAGAUUUCCUCAGGCCUCCAAAACAAGCAUUGGUCAUGUUGUGCAGCUACUGUAUAGAGCAUCAUGCUUUAAGGUCACUAAAAGGGAUGAAGAUUCUUCUCUGAUGCAACUUAAAGAAGAGUUUCGGAGUUACGAGGCUUUGCGGAGAGAGCACGAUGCCCAAAUUGUUCACAUUGCUAUGGAAGCAGGACUUCGAAUAUCACCAGAACAAUGGUCUUCCCUUCUUUAUGGUGACUUGGCGCAUAAAUCGCACAUGCAAUCCAUUAUUGACAAGCUCCAGUCUCCAGAAUCUUUUGCGAAGAGUGUACAAGAGUUGACAAUUGUCUUGCAGCGCACAGGGGAUCCUGCAAACUUAAACAGGCUAAGGCCUCAUUUAGAGCUUCUAGCAAACAUAGAUCCAAAUCCAGAUGCAGCAUCCCCAACAUGGGAGCAGCUGGAAAAUGCAAUGGUGGCUGUAAAGACUGUGGUACAUGGGCUGGUAGAUUUCAUCCAGAAUUAUAGUAGAAAAGGCCAUGAAACUCCACAGCCACAACCAAAUAGCAAAUACAAAACAAGUAUGUGCCGAGACCUUCGACAGCAAGGGGGAUGCCCAAGAGGUACCAACUGUACGUUUGCUCAUUCUCAGGAAGAGCUUGAAAAGUAUCGUUUGAGGAACAAAAAAAUCAGCGCAACUGUGAGAACCUUCCCCCUUCUAAAUAAAGUUGGCGUCAAUAGCACCGUCUCAACCACAACAGGAAACGUAAUUUCUGUCAUAGGAAGCCCUGAAGCAACAGGGAAGAUGGUGCCAAGUACUAAUGGAAUAGCUAAUCUAGAAAGUGGUGUUCCCCAGUUGAUUCCUCGCUGUGCAGACACAUCCCUGAGAGCUUUGGAGAACGCCAAGAAGGGAGGGAAGGCUGGAGCCAAUGGCCAGAAUGUGUCUGGAUCCCCUACUGAAUCACUACCUGAAAAUAAAAUUGGUUCUCCACCCAAGACUCCUGUAAGCCAGGCAGCAGCUACCUCAGCUGGUCCUCCUAACAUUGGGACAGAAGUGAAUUCUGUGCCUCCAAAAUCAAGCCCUUUUGUUCCCAGAGUACCUGUCUACCCUCCACAUUCUGAUAACGUUCAGUAUUUCCAAGACCCCAGGACUCAGCUGUCCUACGAAGUUCCACAGUACCCACAGACAGGAUAUUAUCCACCACCUCCAACAGUACCAGCUGGUGUGGCUCCCUGUGUUCCUCGCUUUGUGAGGUCCAAUAAUGUUCCAGAGUCCUCCCUCCCACCUGCUUCCGUGCCAUAUGCCGAUCAUUACAGUACAUUUCCCCCUCGAGAUCGACUGAAUUCUCCUUACCAACCUCCUCCUCCGCAGCCGUAUGGACCAGUUCCUCCUGUCCCUUCUGGAAUGUAUGCUCCAGUUUACGACAGCAGGCGCAUCUGGCGCCCACAGAUGUACCCACGAGAUGAUAUUAUUAGGAGCAAUUCUUUACCUCCUAUGGAUGUGAUGCACUCAUCCGUCUAUCAGACGUCAUUACGUGAGAGAUACAACUCUUUGGAUGGGUAUUACUCUGUGGCUUGCCAACCUCCAAAUGAACAGAGGACUGUGCCUUUACCAAGAGAGCCUUGUGGUCACUUGAAGACUGGUUAUGAUGAACAGUUAAGACGGAAGCCGGAGCAAUGGGCACAGUACCACACCCAGAAGACUCCUCUCGUGCCCUCAACCCUUCCUAUGGCAACACCAUCUCCAACACCGCCGUCUCCUCUCUUCAGUGUAGAUUUCAGCACAGAGUUCUCGGAGAGCGUCAGUGAUUUGAGUGGAACUAAAUUUGAGGAAGAUCAUCUCUCCCACUAUUCCCCGUGGUCUUGUGGCACUAUUGGCUCUUGUAUAAAUGCUAUUGACUCGGAGCCCAAGGAUGUGAUUGCCAACUCAAACGCUGUUCUGAUGGAUUUGGACAGUGGGGAUGUCAAAAGGAGAGUACAUUUAUUUGAAACUCAGAGAAGGGCAAAGGAGGAAGAUCCUAUAAUCCCAUUUAGUGAUGGACCGAUCAUCUCCAAGUGGGGUGCAAUCUCCAGGUCAUCCCGCACUGGUUAUCACACAACAGAUCCUAUUCAAGCCACUGCUUCCCAAGGAAGUGCUACUAAGCCCAUCAGUGUAUCAGAUUAUGUCCCUUAUGUCAAUGCUGUUGAUUCAAGAUGGAGUUCCUAUGGCACAGAUUCCACUUCGUCAGCACGUUACCCAGAACGGGACAGAUUCAUAGUUACAGAUUUGUCUGGUCACAGAAAGCAUUCCAGCACUGGAGAUCUGUUGAGCAUUGAAUUGCAGCAGGCCAAAAGUAAUUCAUUAUUACUUCAGAGAGAGGCGAAUGCACUAGCCAUGCAACAGAAGUGGAAUUCUCUAGAUGAAGGCAGUCGCCUUACCUUAAAUCUUUUAAGCAAGGAAAUUGAUUUGAGGAAUGGUGAGACUGAUUAUACUGAAGACUGUGCAGAUACAAAGCCAGAUCGAGACAUUGAAUUGGAGCUGUCAGCCCUUGAUACAGAUGAACCUGACGCGCAGGGUGAACAAAUAGAAAACGCAAUGACUACUUUGGAUGAUAAACUACUUGGUGAGAAGCUCCAGUAUUAUUACAGCAGUAGUGAGGGUGAGGAUGAAGACAGUGAGAAAGAAGACAAAGAUGGGGAGAGCACCCUUCCUGAAAGUGUUGGGGAAGUAGAGCUUAGCAGCGAUGGCAGUGCUAUCAACACAGGUCCAAAAGGAGUCAUCAAUGAUUGGCGAAGAUUUAAACAACUGGAGACGGAACAGCGACAGGAGCAGCGCAGAGAAAUGGAGCGACUCAUAAAAAAGUUAUCUAUGACAUGUAGAUCUCACUUGGAUGAAGAGGCUGAUAAGCAGAAGCAGAAAGAGCUUCAGGAAAAAAUCAAUGGAAAGAUGACGUUGCAAGAAUAUAACAUGAUUCACAAUGAUGAAGAUGAUGAGGAGUUUUUACAGCGAUACAGGAAGCAGCGAAUGGAGGAGAUGAGACAGCAGUUAUACAGUGGGCAGCAAUUUAAACAGGUUUUUGAGAUUACCAGCGGGGAAGCGUUUUUGGACACAGUUGAUAAAGAGCAUAAGAGCACGCUGAUCAUGAUCCAUAUUUAUGAAGAUGAUAUCCCUGGCACUGAGUCCCUGAACGGCUGUAUGAUCUGCCUCGCUGCUGAGUAUCCAACAGUUAAAUUUUGCCGAGUAAAGAGUUCGCUUAUUGGUGCCAGCACUCGCUUUACUAAUAACGCUCUGCCAGCUUUGCUGAUCUAUAAGGCAGGUGAGCUCAUUGGCAAUUUUGUGCGAAUCACUGACCAGCUUGGAGAAGAUUUUUUUGCUGUAGACCUGGAGGCUUUUUUGCAGGAGUGUGGUCUGCUUCCAGAGAAAGACUUAGUGCUUCUGACUUCUAUACAUAAUCCAUCUGCAUGUUACAGCGAAGACAGUGAUCUGGAAAUAGACUGAACCACCUCUACCAAGGGGCCAGUAGGUUUAGCUGUGGGUUGUUCUUGUGCUAGAGGUUGUUCUCUGUCUUUCUUUGUGUUGAUAUGUUAUUCUUCCCCUCCACGCACUUUGAAUUUGCUCGUUAAAACUUUGUUAAGGUUAACAUAAGGAGUUCCUGACGUUUUCCUAAAUUAAUUUAAUAAAGUGUACACUAAAACUGCCUAGCUCUUACGCAGUUCACAUGUAUUUUACUAAAUAUGAAGUUACAAUCCAGUAAGUUUAGUGAGUUGCGUCUUAUAUUGUCAUCUCUGUUCUCCAAAUCAUUUAGAUUUUCUAAGCAUUUUGUUGUCAGAUCAGCUAUGUAUGGUCAGUCUCCUUGCAGGUUUGCUGAAGCAGUAUGUGCGAAUACCAGUUGAGAUCGGGAUGUGGUGCCUACUCACUAAGAUAAGAAUUGAGACCACAGAUUAAGAAGUUCUUAAGCAUUCGAGACUUUUACUAAUCUGGAGCUGAAGUGUUGCCAGUGAGUUAACAGUACUAGGUCCUGUCUUCCGGUCCUUGAUUUGCAGACCCCUUCUUGGCGGCACUGUUGUUUUAACUGUUGUUAUUGUUGUUCCUUUCUCCCUUACAAAUAACCACAGCUCCUGACUUCAUCCUGAAAAUUACUUUUCAGCUGGGGAGGGUGGCUCGCUCUUUGAUCUUGCCUGAGACUUAAAUGAGGAAAAUCUUUCUUCAAUUACAGUUCUUAAUACGUUCUUGGGCUUUUAAAAUACUCACCCUUAGAGUUCAUAGUGCUUACUGAAGCAGAAAAUGACUUCUGCCUCUUAAGAGGGAGACCAUCUCUAAAAGCAGGCUGUAAAGAGCUCUAACAUGCGUGCUGAAUAGCAUCAAGGAGAAUUUUGUUAGCAAAAUGUAGAAUUAGGUCUUGAUAGCAUCAGAAUUUCACCUAGUACCUGUAAUAUUCUCUAACACUAUUAAACCAGCGCUAAAAUUCA